AUCCUGGCCCGGGGGAGAAAAACUGGGAAGGAACCAAAUCCCCCGUUUCUUUUUCGUUCUGCGCCUGCGCAGGCUAAAGUUGUAUAGCGGAGGAGCAUAAAACAGCACGCGCACGGCGUCCUUUAAAAAUGACUACCGCGGGCUCUGCAGUCGGGGGCACUAACGUUCCGUUUCUUGCUGCAACCAAGGCUCAUGGCGUACCCUGAAAGGAGGGUAUAGGUAUGGAUGCUUGCGAUGCCGUUUUUUCAUAGGAAGGCUCUGUAGUGCCACUCAGACACCUUUGUUCCGAGCUGCUUCUCCCAAAUACACUUUUGGAAAAAAGAGGAAGUAGAAUCACAAAGGAAGGGCAAUGCGAUUGAGGGCGAUACCUUCCAAGUGCCGCACUGAGCAUGCUCAGAUAGAUAAAGCUGCUUCCUCACUACAAGGACUGCUUGUGAUCUAAACAGAGUUGCUCUUUGGAUCCCACACAGAAGAGGAAGACUAACUUCACACAGAAGACUAACUUCACCUUCUUAUUCAAAUUGUGGCAUAACCAGAGGAUGGUUCAAGCCUGGCCCAGUAAUGGGUUUUAUUUCUCAUUCUGAUUUCUGUUAAAGAGAACCAAAUAUGAUGCCCCAUCAGAUAUUUGGGAAGCCAAUCGUUACAGGGUGUCUCAGGAAAGAUGUUUUAUUCGCCAGCGCUUUCAUAAUCAGGCUCCUGCUCGUCUUCUAUGGAGUUUAUCAGGACAGAACAAUGUUGGUGAAGUAUACAGACAUCGAUUAUCAAGUAUUCACUGACGCUGCCAAGUAUAUCACAGAGGGGAAGUCCCCUUACCUAAGAGCCACGUACCGUUACACUCCGCUGCUGGCCUGGAUCUUAACCCCAAACAUCUACAUUUCUGAUCUGUAUGGAAAGCUCCUCUUUAUUGCUGGGGAUCUGGUCGCUGCAUACCUCAUGUACCGGAUUCUGCUGCUCAGAGGACUGGAGAGCAGGAAGGCCUGCGGGUGCUGCUCAUUCUGGCUCCUCAACCCUCUGCCCAUGACAGUAUCCAGCCGAGGAAACGCCGAGUCCCUGGUAGCUAGCCUGGUCCUGGGCACCAUGUAUUAUAUGGAAAAGAAGCAUCUAGCCAAGGCUGCUGUUCUGUAUGGCCUGUCUGUACAUAUGAAAAUUUACCCGGUGACCUACGCGCUGCCAAUAGUUCUCCAUUUGCAAAGUGGUCAAAGCCAUGAAAAAGGAAAUGCAGAUGUUCCGAAGAAACAAAAAGUGGACAACUUCUGGAGGUUUUUCUUAAGACUCUUCAGUCGGGACGUUCUGCUUUUUGCAGCUGUGGCCGGAGGCACCUUUGCUGCCCUCAGCCUCCUUUUUUAUUUCUCUUACGGCCGGGAAUUUCUAGAGCAGACCUAUUUCUACCACGUGACCCGGAGAGAUAUCUGCCACAACUUCUCGCCCUAUUUCUACAUGCUGUACUUGACUGCAGAAAGCGAGUGGAGUUUUUCCCUCGGACUUGCAGCUUUCUUGCCACAGCUCCUGCUGCUUUUGGGUAUUUCUUUCGCUUACUACAAAGACCUUGUCUUCUGCUCCUUCCUGCACACUGCUGUGUUUGUGAGUUUUAACAAGGUGUGCACCUCCCAAUAUUUUCUGUGGUACCUUUGCCUUCUGCCCCCUGUAAUCCCCUGCCUGAGGAUGUCCUGGCAGCAGGCUACGCUCCUCUUCUUGCUGUGGCUGGUGGGGCAAGCUCUGUGGCUAGCACCUGCUUACUUUUUGGAAUUCGAGGGGCAGAACACUUUCUUGCUGAUAUGGCUAGCAGGCUUAUUCUUUCUUUUUGCCAACUCUUUGAUUCUUAUUCAGAUUAUCGCUCACUAUUGCACUGGCCAGAUGACUAGGAAAAUUAAACUACAGUAAGCCUGCCUUUGCUACACCAGUGACAUUCUUUAGGCUGUUUUCAGAAUUAAAUGGGGACCAGGUAAUAA